GAUAGACGUGUGAGUCGCCCGGGGAGAGACGACUGCUCUCGGUGUCCGCAGAAUGAAGGCGGUGCCUACCUACCGUACCAACCAAUCACGGGAAGGGGAUAUUGGGCCCGGUGAUGGGAACAGUAAGCCAUAACAGGGAAGGGGGGUGACACACUAUCGAGUAGGCAUCUUGGACAAACAUGGCUGAAAGUUUUAGACGGUAACAAACUUUUGUCCUAACACGAUAAGAGGUUUUCCCAGGUUUAAGCCCUGGCCCUAGUACUCGCAAACGCAAAAAUACUAUUUCUCACUUGACUGAACUAUAUUGGAAUCAAUUGGGCUUUUCGUCGACGUGGCCAAUUCUUCGGUGUUGUUGUUGUUUUUUCCUCGUCUUGUUCAGAUCCAAAGAGAAUGCUAGAAGCUGUUAAGGUAAGGCAAUUCGAUUGUUUCUUAUUAAUCAACUGCAUAUCUAAUGCACGUAGCUUAUAGUAGGUCCAGAGAAAGACUAAAUCCGAUUUGUCCUGAAAUCAUUUGCUAACGUAAAGGUAAGUCCUGUUAUGUGUCUGCAUGGUGUAUCAGUAUGACGUGAUAAUAUUACAUUUAACAGGUAGUCAUUUCAGUUUUCAAAGAGUGUCAAAUUUAACAUGUUAAAAUCUAGAGGUAAAUUUGAAGUGUAACGAGGCUACAUUCCUAGCGAUGGGUUCAUUUUGAUACUUGUAUCUAUUAUCUAUUGUGAUAUUAAACUUAUCCAUCAUAACAUUUUCAAGAAAAAGAAAAGUUGUGAAGAGAUUACCUAAAACAAGUUCCUCACUUAUACUAGAAGCAAUUAUUCAUGUACAAAAAAAAGUACCCUCUCUAAUUUUAGAAUCACUGUACAGGUAACUGAGAAAAUAGCCGUUACAGCCACAUUAAUCCCGCGAGGAACACGCAGGGUGUUAGCACGUGUUGAAAACGUCAGCUCAGGGCAGUCUGGGAAGCCAUCCAUUACCUACGCGAAGAUGCGAGUCGACUGCCACAUCUCCGUGGACAUAAUAUUUGCAUUAAGCGGGCCGUCCACGGGGAACGAUUCCUUGACCUCUCCGGGAAAGAGGGCGAAUAUUAGCAGACGGUUUCUGGUUUUAUUAGGCUGUAAACGGUGGCUUCUGUUGGUAAGGGCGAGGUCAGAGGUUUGAGUUAUUCUUUCUUCCCGAUACGUCACUCCACCAAAGAUAUCGUUUUUUUUUCUUCUCUUAUCACAUUUCAGGUCAGUACCUAAGGGACCACCAACGUCUGAGAGCUGUUGGACCAACAAGGACAAGCUGGACAUUUGAAAUCGUUGCAUUUACUAGAUCGCUUUCGAGUGAAUGAUGUGUGAUGAAAUGAACUUAGUCUUUAAGACAUCGACGUGUCAUUGACGAAUCGCUCUUCGAUUGUACCGGUCACAGAACUGUAGAUCACACGAGUAAGCUCAAGACACGGCGAGGAUGGCUUCCAAAGUAGUGGACGUGCUGUCCAUCAAAUGGCAGAACUUCCAAGACAGGAUACGGGACCCCAAGUCUCAACGGCGCCUGGUGCUGGUCAUUGUGUGCAUCGCCCUUCUUCUGGACAACAUGCUGUACAUGGUCAUCGUGCCCAUCAUUCCGAACUUUUUGACCAGGGACAAGAAACAGGACGAGCCGACAUACAUGUACAGGUAUUACAACGUGACGCAGUCUUCCAACGAUCAGAUCGGCGUAACGCACAGUUACGUCAUGGCCCACAAGCUGGACAAGAACGUUGAGUUUGAGAAUGGGGCCAGUGUCAAUGUCCCGGAACAGGCCGUCCUUGCCACGAACACAUCCAUACAUUCCGAAAAACACGACAACAGAAUUUUCUUGCUUAGAAUUCCUGUGCCCCCGCCGCCUAUAUCGUACGGUGACGAAGGCAUGGCGAUAGGUAUUCUCUUCGCAUCGAAAGCUAUAGUUCAGCUGUGUGUCAAUCCAUUCACAGGCGGUCUCAUCGACCGAAUCGGCUAUGACAUGCCCAUGAUGAUUGGAUUGACGAUCAUGUUUUUUUCUACGUCAGUGUUCGCUUUCGGAGAAAGCUAUGCGGUGUUGUUCCUCGCUAGAAGCCUUCAAGGUUUGGGAUCGGCAUUUGCCGAUACGGCCGGUCUGGCCAUGAUUGCUGACAGGUUCACAGAAGAAGCAGAGAGAACAAAAUCCCUGGGUAUCGCUCUGGCUUUUAUCUCAUUUGGGUGCCUUUUCGCGCCACCGUUUGGUGGAAUUCUGUACGAGUUCAGCGGGAAAACUGUUCCGUUCGUUAUUCUUGCUCUCGUUUGCUUAAUAGACGGUGUCCUUAUGGUCCUGGUCAUGAAACCAGUUCGUUUGGAGCGAUCCAUGUUGACCAGGGAAGAAAGACCUAAAGGCACGCCAAUAUACAGGCUUUUGAUGGACCCUUACAUCGCCAUAGCAGCCGGUGCUCUUGCGAUGUCCAACGUAUCCUUGGCAUUCCUUGAACCAACCAUCUCUUUAUGGAUGAAAGUAACGAUGGGUGCUGACGAGUGGCAGAUUGGAUUCUGCUGGCUGCCGUCCUUUGUAACUCACGUACUCGGUGUCUACAUGACUGUGAAGCUGGCUCGAAAAUUUCCCCAGUACCAGUGGCUUAUGGCUAUGAUUGGCUUGUCCAUGGAAGGCAUCUUCUGCUUCUUUGUCCCUUUCUCCACGGCCUACUUCGCUGUAAUUUUCCCUAUCAUGGGCAUCUGUUUCGGCAUCGCACUAGUGGACACGGCUCUGCUGCCUACUCUCGGGUACCUGGUCGACGUUCGGUACGCCAGCGUUUACGGAAGUGUCUACGCCAUCGCCGACAUCUCUUACUCAUUAGCGUACGCCAUUGGACCCAUUGUCGCCGGUAGCAUCGUCUCGAGCAUCGGCUUCACGUGGCUGAACAUUCUCAUUUUCUUGAGCAACAUCCUGUACGCACCGCUCCUCUUCUUCCUGCGCAACAUCUACAUGUACAAGCCCUUCGACAACGACGACGAGGUCCUGAUAGACGACCCGCCAGCCAAGGGCUACAACACGUACGUGCAGAACGGCGGCCUCACCGGGAAGCCCCACGUCCUAAACGGAGGAGACAACUUCGCCAAUCAUCUCAAGAUAAGCAACCGGAAGAGCAACGAAAUUGACUGCUACCCGCCACCGACCGAGCCUGAGUACGUAUACAACAAAGAUUCCUCUUACAAUUUCUACAACAGCCAGCUGCAUUGAUAUCAGUUGACAACAUUAUCGUAGUCGAAUGUUCACUGCUGGUGGUAUUGUAAGCUGCUCGGUUUUUAUUAUGGCGACACGUUGUAGCGAAAGUGAGUGAGUAAAGGAAGACCAAAACAAACAAAAAAACAGCAAAAAAAAAAACGAACGAACUGUGAGAUUGGUUUGAUGUAAGGAAUAGAACAAACAAAAAAUGAAAAAAAGGUAUGCAAGAGUUAAGUUAUGGAAACAACAGAGGGUGAUAGCAGAUGAUUUAAUGGGCCAUUUGCAAGAAAGAAUGUCAGAAUGAAAAGAAUUUGAUUAUUUUGAUCUUUUCUCCCCAAAAAAUUAUUAUAACUGUGAUUUCUUUUUUUUUUUUUAAAUAAUUUAUAUUUAACAUGAUGUGAUAAUUUUUUUAUGAUAAUCUGUAUUUAACGCUAAUAAAUCAGGUGGACCUUAGGUUACCGUUUUCAAAUACGUUGUCUUUGUUAUUCAGCAUUGCUUGGUUGACAGUCGUAAGUGAAACGGAGAUACGUAUUUAGUUCAUUGGUUCUGAACAAGGCGGGGGUGCCCGCAUCCUUUAGGGGUUCCC